UAUAUAAUAAAAGAUGACUGAUCAAAUUUAUUUAGUUUGGACAGGCCCAGUUUAAAGCAUAUUUGCCAAAAGUGUAGAGUAGUAUCAGUGUGAGAUCUGAGAGGCUUUAUUCCCCUGAGCUGGCAACAUGCUGUCCUGCCCCCAUUCCUCAUCGAUUCAUUCCGUUAGAGCCACAAUUAGUCCCCCCGGGAAAGGAGAGGACGGCCGAUCCAAGCGUCGAGCCUUUCUGAGACACACUAACUCGACUGCACUGACCGACAAAAUACUAUAACAUCUGAAAUUGUCCUGAUAAUGAGACCUGCUCUGCGUUGGCUUGUUUUUUUUUUGUUUUUUUUACGAGAGCGUUUUAGUUUUCAUAUUUCCGUGCAAAAUAUUCCAGAACUGAGAGCUUUUUCUCUCAGUUGAGCUUGAAACGAUUUGGUUAUAUAAAUGUUUUGUUCUCUACAUGAAUGCAUGCAUAGUCUGUUAUUUAUUUUGGCGAUUCUUAUCAGUAUGUUAGUUUUGCUCAUCUUUACAAGUUACAUGCGCAUGACAAGCCAGUCUAACUAGGUCCUGAUGUAAUGAGCACUGAAAUGUUCUCCACCCCUCUCCAUGGUUGGGCACUUUGUAUUUGAAGUGCCGCUACUGGGCUCUCAAACGGCCCAGAACACCCCCGCGGUGUAAAUCCACCAGUCCUCUCUCGAUCCACGUGUGUGUGUGUGUGUGUGAGUGCGCCUGCCCGCCCAAGUUUUUUUCAUCAGGAGAGAGUGUUUGCUCUUUCGUUCAGCUCAGAAAUGCAUGCCCCACUUUCGUCUGACAGCCCUGAGUGGCACAGUCAUGGCCGUGUCCCAGUGCAGCAGCUCCCAAUGUGCCCGUUUAACAGAUUAAUUAAGCUGUUUUGAUCACCCGCUCUUCCUCGCUUGCCAUCCAGCAUGCAUUUAGCACAACUUUUUCAAACAUUCGGCUGCUUAUUUGUGUCAGGGAGCAUUUUGGAAAAAAGGGUCAGAAUCUUAAGUGGAGCAUUGGCUUUCAUGUGUUGAUCCUAGUGGCUGAUAUUCAUUAGAGGACAUCGAGGAGAUUUUUAGGGGAGGGGAGAGGAGAGGAGGGGAGUCGGGCACAAAGAGUAGCCUCAGUUAUAAAGGCCCGAGCUCUUGGCAUGAGUAGAGGACUUCAUGUGGCCAGGGCUGGAGAUGUCUGUGGAAGGUUGGCUGCAUUUCAUAUCACACCCAGGUUCCUCUGCGGGGAGAAUGGAUGAAUUUCAUCCGUUCAUCGAGGCGCUGCUGCCCCACGUGCGUGCCUUCGCCUACACUUGGUUCAACCUGCAGGCCCGUAAGCGCAAGUAUUUCAAAAAGCAUGAGAAGCGGAUGACCAAGGACGAAGAGCGUGCCGUCAAGGAUGAGCUCUUGGGUGAGAAGCCAGAGGUCAAACAGAAGUGGGCAUCGCGCCUCCUCGCCAAGCUCCGGAAAGACAUCCGGCCUGAGUGUCGGGAGGACUUUGUGCUGUCCAUCACAGGGAAGAAGCCUCCAAGUUGUGUCCUCUCGAACCCUGACCAAAAGGGGAAGAUGAGGCGCAUCGAUUGUCUGCGGCAGGCAGAUAAAGUCUGGCGUCUGGACCUGGUGAUGGUGAUUCUGUUCAAAGGCAUCCCGCUGGAGAGCACGGAUGGGGAGCGGCUGGUCAAAGGCGGCCAGUGCUCCAAUCCCAUUCUCUGUGUCCAGCCUCAUCACAUCACCGUGUCCGUCAAAGAGCUGGACCUCUACCUCGCCUACUUUGUGCAGGAGAGAGAAGCUGAACAGAGCAGUAGUCCUCGCACAGGCAUUGGUUCAGACCAGGAGGAUAGUCGGGCAGCCACCAUGGAUGCUCCAGAGUUUCAAGAAAGCUUUGUAACUUCGGGCGUCUUCAGUGUAACAGAACUGGUGCAAGUAUCAAGAACACCAGUGGUGACGGGCAUGGGGCCGAACUUCUCUCUCGGGGAGCUUCAGGGUCAUCUUGCCUAUGAUCUGAACCCUUCAGGGGUGGGAAUGAGGAGAACCCUUCCCAGCACCUCCUCUAGUGGAAGUAAGAGACACAAGUCAGGAUCCAUGGAGGAUGAUAUAGACACCAGCCCAGGGGGCGAGUACUACACCUCUCCAAACUCCCCUGCCAACAGUUCACGCAACUGGCAAGAGGAGAUGGAAGGAGGAAUCUCCCCUACAGUUAAGAAGACAGAGAUGGAUAGUCCAUCUCCUCAGGAGAGCUCUCCACGUCUCGGCUUCACACAGCACCACAGACCUGUCAUUGCAGUGCACAGCGGUAUCUCUCGAAGUCCACAUCCCUCCUCGUCUCUGCACUUCCCUGGCGGACCCAUUCUCCCCCAGACUGCCUCCACCUACUUCCCACACACGGCCAUCCGGUACCCCCCUCACCUCAGCUCUCAAGACCCGCUCAAGGAUCUUGUCUCUCUGGCCUGUGACCCGUCCAAUCAACAGCCCAGCCCGCUGAAUGGCAGUGGUCAGGUGAAGGUAUCCAGUCACUACAUCUCCUCUCAGAUGCUGGCCCCCCCGCCACCCCCCGGCCUGCCCCGUCUGACGCUGCCCCCAGAGUCCAAAUCCAGCACCACCUCUGCAGACGCAGCUGCCAGCUCACCCACCUCCCCCACAUACUCUGCUCCCGGGACGCCACCUGCCAACCGCUCCUUCGUAGGAAUUGGUUCUCGAGACACUGGCAGUCUGUAUCAGGCACAGUCCUGGUAUCUGGGGAACUGAUCAUCACACACACAUACAAAGACGAACCCGAGGAGGCACAGACAUGGAUUCGAAAAAUCUUUUUUGUGGAAUUUACAAAAAAAAGAAAAGUUGUGAACGAGAUGCAAGAGGGAAAAUCAGAUAUAUAUAUAUGCAGUAUUUGUAUAUAUACACACACACAUAUAUAUAUAUACACAAUAUGUGUGUAUAGAUAUAUGUGCACACAUAUUUAUAUAUGCAUAACGACGUACAGUAUAAGAUGCUUCAAUACACUUUUUUUCUGAAAAGACAAUGGAAAGGGAGACGAGCUUGAGAGAACGGCCAUAGGUGCAACGGAAGAAAAGGAGACAAAAGAGGAGGAUGUUUUUUUUUCUGGGAGGGCAGCCCAAACUAUGGCGUACAUUUACGGACAUGUCGAAAAAGGCCCACCCUGACUCCCUGCCUCCUGGAAUGCCUCUCCUCAACCCCCUCUUUCUGCUACAGGUGCUGCUUCCUCCUAUAUGCAAAAUAAGUAUCCUUUAUUUUCUUAAUGAACAAGGAAGAGAAACCCCAAUGAAAGGGUUUUUCCGCUAGCAAUUCGCCACAGGUUCGGAGGUGAGCACGGUCUGUUUUUAUUCUUUUUUUUAAGUGCGCAAAGGCAACACAGCGUGGAAAAGGAAACGAAAAGGUUGAUGCUUCCGUUCACACGACAGAAAAGAAACGCAAAGGCUAUUUUUCAUCCAGUUUUAUUGACAAUCAUGUAUCUGCGUCCUUGGUUUCGUUCAGAGGGUGACGUUUUCUAAAUUGCAUUCUCCAUCGCUUGUAACGGAGUCCACUUUUUGGUGGAACCCCGUCAUGUUUUUUGUACAUCGGAGGAAUAUUAGUGGUACCUCAGUGACAUUAUAAAUCACAGUCAGCAUCUAUACACACAUGCACACACACUUACACGUAAACACACCUGUCUUGAGGCAAUGGCUUGUACUGUUAAAGGCUACACGAGGUGUGUGUGAGCUGUGAAACAGCCUUCAUAGGAUGAGCCAGGGAAUAGCAGGGGUGAAUUCGCACCUUCCUCACUUCGCAAUAUGAAAGCCCCUCAUUCCCUGAACCCCGCUGUAAGUGUGUGCGUGUGUGCAUCCGUGUGUUUGUGCAUGUCAUAAACAUUAGUAGUCCCUUAUUCAUCUCUGUGAGUUCACAGAUUAGGGGGUUUUGAUUCAUGUAGAUUCGUGGAUUGUUCCACAUAGCGACAAAGGGAGUUGAAAUAUAGUUCUGUCAUUACUUAGACAGUAUUGGGUGUAGAGGAUAGAAUUUUUUUUUCUCUAUGUGUAAUUUGUUUCAAUUCAUUGGAAAUUACAGGCAUUGCACUACUUUCAAUUUUUACUUUUCCUCUUUUGCAAACUCCUGUUCGGCCUAAUCAUAUGGAAUGCUGCGAUUAGUCGAUUAUUUUUGUCAUGUUCUGAUCUCACGGUAGAUGAGGGUUGGUUUCCUAAUAGCUGAUCAGAACAAUCCAACAUUUUCUAUGUAAACGUAUCCAUGUUUAUGUGAUUACUUUCAUACAAUUCCCAUAGUUUAACAGAAACAAAUCAGGCUUUCUUUUUUCCCAUGUUUCUACUACAAGAAACUAUGACUGUUUUAAUUUUGAAGCAGAUUACACACUUUAAUCCGCAGGAAUGACAAAGAUUUGGAUGUCUGACGUGAGAUGGGCUGUAAUGUCCAAUACAAAAAAGGAAGUCAGCGGCUAUGCUGCCCAUCCCAGAGUUCAUUGGGAGGUGGACGCCUAUGACCAGCAUGUGCUUGGUUGCCUCAGAAAAAGGUUAUUCUGCACUCUGAGAUGGGUUGAUUUGUACUAAUGAAAUAACAUCAGGGCUUAAUCUACAAUGCUACCGAACCCAAAUCACGAAGCCAUGAAAAGUGCCUCAGACAUUGCAAGAUUUUCAUUUGAAUUCUUUCUUUUUAUUUUUAAAGACUUGGACAUUUUGCUUCAUCUACUGUGGAUUGUUGUUGUUGUAGGAGUUCGAGGGGUUGUUUUUAUGCCCAGAGAGAUAUUUUAAAUGGCCUCGCAAGCCCCUCGUCAGCUGCAUGGGCUAACGCUUAGCCACAGGAAACGCAGACAGCUGAACAAAAAACACACAUACACACCCUUAUAAUCAGAACAUGACAAAAUCAACACAUAUCAGAGCUUCACUAGGUACCCUCACAAAACCAAUACGAUGUAAUAUCCACACUCUCUGGUUGCUUUCACUAACCUUUUAUAAUGGCUUCGCAUACACAUUCUAUUAAGUUGACCAUAGUUAGGCCCAGAAUACAUACAACAUGACUUGUUUUAAUGGUGCUGAUAUGAAAAUCUCUAUAUAUGAAUUCUAUAUAACUGUGCAUGGUGCUUUCAAAAGAAAAAUCAUAAGAAUUAAGCUCAAACGACCACCGUAUCGCUGACAUGGGCGCAUGGCAGAUUAUCUUAGUAUUAGCUCUGAAGCAAAAUGCUCCCGACUACUCCUUAAUAACCCACUUUGAGCAAAGAGCCAGUGACACAGAUGAAUUUUACCUUUUUACUACAUUGGUUUGACUUUUAUCCAACAAUCCCUCUUCUACUUUGCACGAUAUUUUAUACAACAUAUUAUGUGCCUUGCCUUUAGUUAAGAACAAUAAUGCGUAAUUUUAAAGGAGUCGAUAAAUAUUUUCUUCUUUUUUUUUUUUAUGUAACCAGUGUCAGAAAGGAAAAUAAUGCUGCAUGUUUGAUUGCCUGUCAUUAUCAGAAUAAGACUAACAGGUUACCUGAUAGCUGUAGAUUUGGAUGGGUGAGAGAGGCUUUUUUUGACCCUCUUUCUCUUUUAAAAGCACUGUAGUUGGCAUGAAAUCUCCCCUGCAUUUUAUUUCCCUCCUCCGUUCAUGAAAUGAGAAGGUAACCGUCUGUGAAAGAUGCAGUACCAGCUCUCUUCAUAUCAGCUCUGAGCUGAUGUUUUGAUUCCGUUGUGACGUUAGGCUUCUCUUAAAUUGUUUAGUUUGUAUGUUAUCAUGUAUUUAAAUGAGUUUGUACCCAUUAUGGAUGUGAAGAGGAGCGGCCAGAGAUGGACAUAAUGAAAAUUAGAUGGUCAUCCUCUAUAAACACAACUAGUUUUGGCCAAGUUUAAAUCCCACAACUGAGCACUUAGCAAAUGAUUUUGCAAUCAGCAAGACUUUAUAUCGUCUUUAUAUUUCGCUUUUUAUCAAAGGGUCAAAUUUACAUUUCAUUAUUUCAGAAAACCUAGGCAUUUGUUUAAAGGGAUGGUUCACCUUAAAAUUUAAAAAAAUAUAUAUUUUUAGUUGUAAAUAAAACAGAUUAUUGGAGUAUGUUGUACAAGACAUUUCUUUCUAUGUUAAAAAUUAAACAUUCAAAGUUUUAUUUGCUGUUUCUUUGUAAUUAACUGAAAUUUAAUCCGUAAUUUAGACAUGUAGUCAUUAUUUAUUCUCCCUCAUGCUUUUCCAAACGUGUAUUUAUGACAAAAGAAGAUAUAUUUUGUUGUCUGUAUAAUGAAAGUAAGUAGAGCCCAGUAGUGUUUUGAGAAAAAAACACCAAAAAUAUCAACUCUACAGAAAAAGAAGGAAAGUCAUACAAGUUUGAAACAACAUGAGGAUGAAUAAAUACUAACAAAAUGUGAACUGUCCCUUUAACCCCUUUGUGAGGGCUCAUAACACUGGCUGCAAUAGAAUAUGUAGUGAUGUCUGACCAUAAAUGAUCGCUUUAAUUAGUUCAUUACUUUAAUAAGUAAUAUUUUUUACUAAUCGAGUCCCUUGUAUAUGUCCGUAUAUAUUAACUGUAGAAUCCGUUCAUAGAGAGUAGCUGAAAUGUAUUUGUCCAAUUCAAUGUACAGACACAAGAACAGCAAGAAACCAUUGAACUGCUGACUUUGUGUCUUCUUAGAAAAUGAAUGCUUCUUCUUCCUCUUCUUUUUAUCAAAUCAGAUAGUAAGAGAUAAUUUAUAAUUUGUAGCAUGUAGUGUCAAGGGAGCUUAUGCAGAGGAGAAGAUUUUGUGUAUUUCUGGAGCUGGGUCAGGAGAGGCCAUGUUGUAGUUUGUGAUGCAGUGUGCAGUAUUGUUUCUGCAAUGGAUAUUGCACUGCUGGUAGCUAAUAUGAUUUGCUGGUAGCUAUUUAAAAGUUUAAGUCGAUUGAGAAAGAACAAGAGAUUUUGUUUACAUGAAGCCCGUGGUAAGAUCUGGGUCGUGGAUGAUUUGUGAGCCCACCGUUGUCCAGCCUGGCCGAAUCGGAGUGCUAUAGCAGAACAGCAUUCCGUCUGUACCAUGAUACAAACCCUUUGCAGAAGUGCUAGCAUCAUUCAGCAAGCAAUUUUCCUUGUGUUUAACAGGACAGGCGACGGGACGGGGGUCUGCCUCGGAGUGUGGUGCCCAGUUGGAUUGUUUUGAAGCAGGAAUGGCAAACUCUGACAAAUCUCCCCAGUACAGACUCGCAUGACCCGCCGCCUGUCCUGUGAAGAUUUGCACUGCUCAAUUUUCAUCUUUCUAAAGCUGUCAACCCUCUCUGGCCAGGGUGGGACGGUGGGCUCAAUAGAAUAGGGGUCUGAUCAUAGUUUCGCCAGCGCAGCGGCUCCGUGGGGCAUGCCGUCUUCUUCUACGUUUGCUUUUUGUAUAUGAUCAAAUUGGCUACAUGCGGCUGAAAAAUGUCUGUUGCCCCAAAGUGUGCUUUUUAAAGUGGCCACAGGUGAUGAUUGAACUUGCUACGACGUGAAUAAUGCAUUUAAACUGAUGCAUGUAAAAAAAAAACACACAUUAGCUUACUGUUUGAUUUCGAAACCCUUCACUAAUAUUUUUUACAGAGCGGGGAUUAUUAUCAUUUUUAUGCGUGUUGUUGAAAUGUUACAUUUUGAACACAGUUAUCUUGUGUAUAAAUGCUUACCAUAUAUCCAGUAGAAUGAGGAAAAAGACACAUGUAUAUAAAAUGUCUUUUUGUAUGAUAAUUAUUAUAUUUUUUUUUUUUUGUAUGUUUGGAUUUAGUAGUAAUAAGCUUGUGGUCAAACCACAAAAAAAAUUGAAAGCUCCUUCUAAAGGAUCUGCUGUUGAGAAGAAAAUGUCAGCACCAUUAGCACAUACCUUUCAUACAGUUAUCACGUGUUAUUUUGAUCGCAAAAUAUGGGCUCCAGUAAAUUCAGCAUCACUUGUUGUCAUUUUAAAUAGAACCAAUAGCUUCACUAAGCUUUAGAGGUUUAUGCAGAUUCCAUUGCCUUUUUUUGUUUAGGUUUUUUUUUUUUUUUUUUUUUUAAAUCUCCAAGACCUGUUUGAAACCUGCACUUAUUGUUUCUCUUUUCUCAUUCUAGCUUCAAAGUUGUUUCCUGUACUUCUACUUGGAAGAUUGCACUAGAUAAUCUGCUAUUGAAACUUUGUCAAAUAAUAAUACUUAUUUUUAAGGUUUGCUUCUCUGUGGAUAUUUCUCAGCCUUGAUGAUCACGAUGAAUAGAGCCUAACGAUGAGAACGAACGAAAGAUAGAGAGAUGAAGCUGCUUGAAUGGUACCCUUUUAUUUCCCUGUUGUCAUUUAUGUGCUUAAUUUACCCUUUUUAGAUGUUGAAAUCGUGCCAGGUUCCUGUAAACUGCAAACCGCAGAGGAGCAACACAUAAACAGUCACACUGCAACAAUCAUUUUCUAAAUCAGUACUUUGUCUUUUUCCAGUAAAAAUCUAAACAUCCUUGAAACAUAAUAUAUAUAUUUGAAAGUUUGGGAUUUAAAUAAUACUUUUAUUCAGCAAGGGCACAUUGCGUCAAUCGAAAGUGCCAGUAAAGACAUUUAUAAUGCUUUUUUUUUUUUGCUUUUCUUUUGAACUUUCUGUAAUGAGAAUGAGAAGGUAUCACAGUUUCAAAUGGUAUCACAAACAUUGAUAAUAAUAAUAAUAAGAAGAAAUAUUUCUUGAUCUGCAAAUCUGCAUAUUAGAACGAUUUUUGAAUCAUGCCAUCACGGGAAUAUACUACAUUUUAAAAUACAUUCAAAUAGAAAACAAUUAUUUUUAAAUUAUAAUAGUAUUUCACAAUAUUAGUUCUUUAAAAAACAUUUAAAAACAACAAUCUUCCCAACCCCAAGCUUUUGAACAGUAUAAAGUUGUGUACAGUAUAAAUAUUUCAAAUGAAUUAGGGAUGUUUAUGUCUUUUACUUGUGAAAAAUAUAAAAGAAAAUAUUAAAGAAUAAUUUUUUUGUUGUUGCAGUGUGGUUUCUUAAACCACCUCUGGACAAUCAGUGGCAUGGCUUACCUCAGCCCGAUGAUAGUUUAAUGGAGGGUAUGUGUACAGUUUAACUUUAGACCUCACUCUUCUGAGUGCCUUCCUGGAUUCAGUCUGGAGCUGUUGGAUGUGGGUUUACGGUGCGUGAUCUUCCCCUGCUUUUGUAAGAUCAGCCUACUCAUGCCUGUAUUUACAAGAACUGGCGGAAUGUGCAUCACUGAAACGAUUGUUUAAUUCUGAGGUCCAGGCACUUUAAUUAGUCAUUGACACAUGUAAUUAUGCUGAAUAGAAUGUACAUUUCCCGAGUCCAAUUUCCCUGUUCACCCACUGACAUAAACAGGAUGUGAGGAGACCCUACUCAGGCACACGUGAGAGAAUUAGACAUGCAUGAGUGUUUCACCCUUUUGCGGUUUGUGUAAUGUAAACCGUGCAGUACCACGAACUUUGCGAGGUAGAUAGAAAUGUGAACAUGCGCUCCUCUCAGAAAGGGCUGGAUAACCUCUUCAGGGCUGAGGCACUGGAAUGCAGUUUCUACUCUUUGCUUCCUUCCUUCUUCAGUGUUGUGACACUUGGCAGGAUGUAUGUCGUAGUUCGUCAGCUGAUGAAUUGACACGUGACAUGUUUGAUACUGGCAGAAACUGGUCUGAAACCCAUAAUAACAGCUCAGUCUAGCUACUCGGUUUGAAUUCAAACUUGUAGUAAUACACUAAAGAUCUGGAAAUGAACAGCAUCUAUGCAGCUAAUCCAGGCUUUACUGAAAUCUUGGUGCAGAAAGUUCUUUCUAAUAUUAAGGACUGUUUCAAUGUGUGCAGAGCCGUCUAAGCUGUGCUUAACCUACCAUUAUAAUACUCCAAUAUAGUGAAAAAGGCUGAAUACUGCGUUUACUUCUGGUCAGAAUUAACAUAGAUGUUCAUGGAAUACCUAAUCACUACAUCAAAUCACAUCUUCAUGCUCUUGUAAAAUAUAGAAACAAAGAAAAUGAAUCUGUAAUAGAAUAUAGUUUAUCUGUAAUUUAUUUAUAACCUGGGUUAGUCCAUAUUUAACCCAAAGUUGGGUUGAAUCAACCCAGGAUUUUUUUAGUGAUGCACAACAAACUAAAAAUUGAUCAAAAGUGACAGUCAUAAUGUCACAAAAGAUUUCGGUUCCAAAUAAAUACUGUUUCUUUUGAACUUUAUGAUCAUUAAAGAAUCCUGGAAAAUGUACUAUAACAAAAAAGUAGCUGAUUGAAAAUUCUGCUUUGCCAUUACAUUAAUAAAUUAAUAUUUUAAAGUUGUUUUGAAUUGUAAUAUUAUUUCACAAAUAUUACACUUUUACUGGAUUUUUUCGAUUAAGCUAAAUACAAUUUUGGCGAGCAUAAGAGACUUCUUUCAAAUCAUUAAAACAUUUUAACGAGCCCAAUCUUUUGGACAGUAAUUCUGACAUGAUGUGAAUGCAGCGUUAUAAAAAUGUUUUGCCUCGGUCUGAAACGAUUUGCUCCUCAGAGUGCAUUUGUGCAUAGGUGAGGUCAUUGGUUAUACUGACAUAAUACCCAUUUAAAGUCCGUAAUUCAAAUUUCAAUGUUCUCCAAACACAGUUUCAGAUAUCACGUUGCUGAUUGAGCUGUGGAGGUGAUGGAUGGUUUUAAUCUAAACUUUGAUGAAAUUUUUACUGUACUGUAGAGUGGAUGGUUCUGGGGUACAGAACGGCUCAUUAUUUUUCACUCUUAGCAAACCAGCAAUACAAAUUGAAGUUAAUAUAUAUAUAUAUAUAUAUAUAUAUAUAUAUAUAUAUAUAUAUAUAUAUAUAUAUAUAUAUAUAUAUAUAUAUAUAUAUAUAUAUAUAUAUAUAUAUAUAUAUAUAUACCAAACUGGGUUAAAAAUACAAUUUUAACAUGCAGUGCCUGUCAUUUUACUGCUUUGCUUUGGUUUCUUUUCCUCACCUAUGUGUUCUCUGUAAACCGUGAGCUGUUACGUGGGUUUUCACCAUCCCUCUGACAUCAUCUCUGCAGUGUCGGUCUGGAAUAGAUACAACUUUUGUUUAUCAAACCUUUUUUAAGUUAUUAUCCAACCAAGGGGCCAGAUUUGCCAAAGCCUCUCAAUAACACAACCUCUGAGUGCCGCGACAUAUUGACACUGAGGUUUGUACAGUCUGACGAUGCUAAGAAUUCUAGCAUGUGCUAAGGGCUUUUCGAAAUCUGGCCCUAAGGUUAAAAUGGCUCAGAUGGGGUGAAGAAAAUCUUUCUGUUCAAAGGGGAGAAAAGCCAUUCGUGGGCUUUGCAAUUUAUGCAAUAUUUUGAUAAGUCUUUCACACAGAUGAAUUGCCAAAAACACCCUGACAUACCGCCUGCUCCCGAAUGUUAGAUCCCCAAAACAGUCCCGCAUCAAUAUUUCAGGGUGCCCUCUCUCCCAUUAGAACAAUUGUUUUAUUCUGUUUGUUUUUAUUCUGAAUUAAGGUUUCAUUUCUAUGAAUAUUUCUAUCGUUGUUGUUUCGUUUGUUUUUAAGCAUGCCAUUUUCUCUAUGUUUGGAUGCUUUGAGUUGAAAGGACGAAGGUUGAAAUGUUUUUCAGAGAGCAUUCUAAUGCAGUGUUAAAGUUCAAGGUUUUUGUUGGUUUUUCCUUCCUCUUUUUUUAAUCACAUUAUUCUUUACAAAUAUUACCAUAGUAGUUACUCAUUAAACGCUUGCUUGCUGCACAGAUAAACACACUUCACACCAGGAAGGCGCAUGUGGACAUUUAGUUCAGACACAUACACAGCUGGCAUGAUGACAUGCAUCCAUGUUCUUAUGGAAAGCAUUGGAUUUUCGUUAUUUGUCUCUGUUUCUCGAAGAACCUCGCUAAAUUGUAAUCUAUCAGCAAAAGUCGGUAUGUCGGUUUUGAAACAGAUGGGGAAAAAAUGUGUUUUUCUCAUGCACAACCAACUAAAUUUGCCAUGUGUUUUUGAACUGGUGUGAGGGGGAAAUUACAGCUUUAACAAUAUUUCAUUAUAACAUUGUAUUCAGCCAUCGCUGUUCGCAAAAAAAAAAUCGCUCAUGAAUGCAGUACUGGAAGUAUGUUUCCCUAUGCAAAAAAAAUGAAUAAAAUGAAAAUAAAAUAAAAAAAUAAACAAAGCUAUGCUACAACUGAGAAA